UUCUCCGAUCAAAUCCUGACUUCAACCCCUUGAAUGAAUGAAUGAAUCCUGAUGACGCUGAUCAUCCAUCCCUGGUUAUUCUCCCCCUUACUAACCACUAAAUGACAACCAAGUUUAAAAUAAUUGUCAAAAAACUUUCAUUGUUAUCAAAUAUGUGACUAUGUGAAACGAUGUACAAAAAGUAUACUAAAAUCUAAAAGUUUUUAUUGAAAUUAAAGUGCUGUUUCUUUCGUUAAUAGAAGGGGCGACCGUAAUUUAACGGUCCCAAACAAAAACUUCAAGAUGACAUUAAUGGACUUUUUCGGAAAUGCAUUUCUUGCAUUUGGACCCCCAUUAGCAAUGUUUACAUUUACGAUUGCUAUAGAACCGAUUAGAAUCAUUAUAUUAAUAGCUAGUUCAUUUUUUUGGUUAUCAUCAUUACUAGUGUCUUCGGUAGUUUGGUUUGCAAUUGUUCCAUUAAGGCCUUAUCUGUCCAUUGGAAUUGUAUACUCCGUCAUUUUUCAGGAAGUAUUCAGGUACCUUCUUUAUAUGCUCCUUCGUAAAGCAGAGAAGGGUUUGGAAAAAGUGACAACAGCUCAUGUUGCCGACAGUAGACAUGUGUUUGCCUACGUUUGUGGACUUGGAUUUGGUUUGAUGAGCGGUGCAUUUGCUCUGGUUAAUGUUUUGGCAGACGCUGCGGGUCCUGCUACAAUGGGACUUCGUCGUGGGAAUGAAUUCUUUUUCAUGGUAUCAUCAUCAACAACACUAUCCUUCAUCCUAUUGCACACAUUUUGGGGAGUUAUUUUCUUCUCUGCUCUUGAUAAUAAAAAUUGGGGACAAAUUGCUUGGGUGAUUUGUUCACAUUUAUUCGUUUCCGGAAUGACACUUCUCAAUGGAAUAGGAUAUCAGGCAAUUAGUAUCACAUCAGCUUAUCUUAUUCUUUUGAUAACCAUGAUAAUUGCCUUUAGAGUCGCAGGUGGUAAGAAACAAAAUUUAAUCAAUUGCUUCAUUAAAAAGUGAAAAGUGGCGUAAGAAAGAAAAUUAAGAACACUACGAGCGUUGAUUGUAUUUCAAGCUCUUUUUCCAAUACGAGAUUCCGAACCAUAUUUUAGAUAAAUAAAACUAGUUAAGUUUAUUAUAUUCAGUUUCUAAUUAUGUUAAAACACGGAGCAAGUUUACUCUCAAUUCUUUUUAAUUGACAUCUUUUAAAAAUAAGAAAGAAAAAGAAAACAAAUCUAUGACAAAAAUACUUAAUUAGAUAGUAAUUUAGUAUCUAAAAUAACGAAAAGACUUUUUUUUAUAACACAAGAGGAUGAAUCUUGUUUUUUAGGAAAUUUAGAAAAAUGCGAACUUGUGAUCUUGUGUCAUAUCUAAUUACACGAAUACACUUUUUCUUUCAACAAUCGCAUUCUUUUUUCGAAACUACAUUUUGAAUUAUAAAAAUUAAUUUAUUUUACAAUUUAGUUAAAUUGUUUUCAAAUAUUGCUGAUGAUACUUGUUUUCGGGAAAUGAUUUUUCUUUGUUAUUUUUCAUAUGUAUGUGAAAUUAUAUUUCUUGCAUUGCAAUUUUUUGAGAUUUUAGCUCAAUUUAAUUUUAGAUGUAUGUAAAAAAAACUAUCGUAAGAAUCAAAAGUCUACAUCAAGUUUAAAAUGUACAGCAAAAAAAAUAUUAUGUACUGUGGUUGUAACUAAGAAUUAAAGAUUUUUUAAGGUA